AUUCACUGUGCGCUGGUGGUGCGCUGACACUCUUGACAAUGGCCGGUGACCAUUCGGCGCAUGACGCCUCUUCGAAGAAAAAUUCAUCGACUCCCUUGAGCGCGAAGAAAUCUCACAAGAGGAAGAGAGACGCUGAUGGCUCCGCCGUCACAACCUCGACACCAACUCCGACUAAGAAGCCGAAGAAAAGCCAGAGCCCUUCGUCCACACCUACAAAACACAAAGAAAGCCGGAAGAAAAAAAGAAAAUCCGAAACAAUUGCCAGUGGUAGUGCUCAGGAGGAAUCGGCCGAGGAGGAGAGUGCUGUCUCGCCGGUCAGCCGUAAAACGAAUCCUUCAAGUAAAGAUGACAGCAAGGAUAAAACAAAAAAGAAAUCGAAGAAGGCUAAACGAGAAAGCUCAGGAGGGAAUAAUGAUUUGUCUGAGUAUGCUGCAGAUAUAGAAGAAACCGAUAGUCACCAGGGACGCACUACGAAGUCGCAUGUGGCUCCCAAGGCUAUCGACACCAUGCCAGAGGAAGAAGGUAACUCGGGGCCACAAAAGAAUAAAUAUUCGGGAUUAUUGUCCAAAUUUCAAAAGGCUGUCAAGGCGACAGAAUCGGUCAAGGCCAAACCUCGAGAGGGGGAUGUCGAUCAUGAGUCUACUGGGCCAGAACCUGUCAUAGCCCAGGGCUUGGAGCCUCUGCCUCAGCCAGAAGCGGUCCCUGAGAAGGAUGAGAAGCCAAGCUAUUCCUCCCUUCCGGAGUGGCUUGCCAAUCCUUUGCGGACUUCUGCCGAGGAGAGAACACCGUUUUCGAGUCUGGGGAUCGAGGAGAACGUCCUUCGUAUUCUCGAAAGCAAUGGGUACAAAGAAGCAUUUGCUGUACAAUCCACUGUCAUUCCGUUACUUUUGCAGGGAUCUAAGAGUCACCCGGGAGAUGUAUGUAUUUCUGCAGCCACGGGCUCCGGAAAGACGCUUUCAUACGUCCUACCCUUGGUUACGGCUCUGGACCAAGUUCCGGCUCCUAGACUGAGAGGUCUCAUCGUCGUACCUACAAGAGAGCUAGUUAAACAAGCUCGAGAAGCUUGUGAACUUUGUGCUGCUGGAUCGGGACUUCGUGUCGCUUCCGCGGUGGGAAAUGUGGCCAUCAAGGAUGAGCAGCGUUCAUUGAUGCGCGUUGACCAAGUCUACGGCCCAGAGAACUUCAGACUGCGACAACAAGAUAAGUUAACGGACGAUGAUUGGAUGAACUUCAGUUUACAAGACUAUAUCUCAGAUGCAGGGGAUCAAAGUGAAUCGUUGCCAGGUUAUCUCCGUAAAGCAGAACCCAAUGUCGACAUCUUGAUUUGUACCCCAGGUCGUCUAGUCGAUCACAUCCGAUACACCAAGGGCUUCACCCUAAAGUACCUUGAGUGGCUUGUCAUUGAUGAAGCCGACCGACUACUCAACGAAAGCUUCCAGGAAUGGGUUGAUGUUGUGAUGAACUCUCUAGAUGCGAGAAAGGGCGCUGAGACUUUCGGCUUUAGCGGAAAGUUCCUUGCUAACCUUGGGCUUCCUAUACAAACUAAAGACCCUAGGAAGGUGAUUCUCAGUGCCACCAUGACUAGAGACAUCUCGAAGUUGAACUCUUUACGGCUCUCGAACCCGAAGCUUGUUAUUGUUGGUUCGGCGGAACAAGUCACAGGCGAAGAAGAUGCAAAUGGCGCGCUUCUUGAUCAAUCGGAUGAUCGGUAUACUCUGCCGCCUAGGUUGAAGGAGUACUCCGUCUCGGUCGCAGACGGGUCACAAAAGCCACUUUACCUUCUACGUCUCCUAUUGUCUCACAUUAAGGUCGAUGUCAAUAAGAACACAAAGCCAGACCUGUCUAACAGGUCUGAAUCAGACUAUACCAGUUCAGAAGGCUCGAGCUCCGAAGAAUCUAGCUCUGAUGACUCCAACUCGACAUCCGAAACAGAUGACUCAGAUUCUGAUUCCGGCUCCGAGAUGUCCAGCUCUGACGAAUCUAGCUCGGAAGAUUCAGAUUCCGACCGCUCGUCAUCGAGUUCCAGUUCAGAUUCAGAGGAUGCUUCUGGUUCUGAAGAUGAACUGCCGGCGGGCACCAAAUCCGAGCCUAGUCGUCCCCGAGCUUCCGUUUUGAUCUUCACCAAGUCGUCUGAAUCGGCCUCGCGACUUUCUCGUUUGCUUGCAUUGCUCGAGCCAGCUUUAGCCAACGAGAUUGGAACGAUCAUCAAGUCGAAUAAGUCAUCAGCUUCCCGGAAAACGCUCACUGCUUACCGCCAAGGCAAGAUCUCCAUCAUCAUUGCUACUGACCGAGCGUCACGUGGUCUUGACUUGCAGUCCCUGACUCAUGUUGUCAACUACGAUAUCCCAACCAGCAUCACCACCUAUGUCCACCGUGUCGGUCGUACGGCACGAGCUGGUAGGGAGGGUUCUGCUUGGACCCUCGUUGCUCAUCGCGAAGGCCGGUGGUUUAUGAAGGAAAUCACCCACAGGCCUGACGGUAGAAUUACCAGGUCUACGAAGGUGCAGAAGGUCCCCAUGAAGUUGAACGACAUGAAGGACGCCAAAUCGAGGUACGGACAAGCGCUGGAUGCACUUGAAAAGGAGGUGAAAAUGGGGGGGCCAGCGAAGAUUUUAAAGGCAGAAAAGUGAAAUAACGCGCUUUGAAGUGCCAAUAGUAAAUACGAUGUUCUAUGCGCAUACCCUUUCUAUCCCAACUUCUUCUCUUCUUAACCGCUACUUGACGACACCGAGAACUCAGUGUGGGUUAUUAGGAUAUAUACCCACCUAAAUAAAUAGUUAUUCGCGCGAUCACAAAC